AUGUUACUUACUGAUCGGCGAGACUUGGCCAGAUGCGUUGAACAGACAAUCUGUCCUAUGGCGGUUACAGUCACAAUCGUGUGUGAUCGCGCGCACGCGCGCAUCGCGGCCGCGUGUAAAGUCGAAGACCAAAGUAAGCGAGCGGCGAGCGGCGACGACGGCAGUCGCGACGCUGACGCGAGGCGGUGUAUCGCGCGGUGCGCGAGUUGGCCUCGCGAUUUUCGACUCGUGCACGCGAACGGAGGCAGUAUCGCGGUUCAUCCGAGUGCUCCAGGUGAUACCGAAGGUCUAAAUUGUGAAAUAGACAAUUUUGCACGGAGAUGUGACCAAUUGUUCAACAACGGCGACCUUGGCGGGACGAUGAAUCCUGGUGCAUCGGUGUGUUAAAUUCGCGAAGGAUUCGCGAAGAUAGACGAUCAUGAGACACUUAGGAAGAGA